GAGUCAGGCGUUUGAGCCGAGUGUUUCAGCAGCAGGUUGGUGGAGAACGUUGGUGGAGAACGUCGAGGAGCCGCGAUGGUCGGUUGGUUCCCGUGUAUCUUUCCCGCUCCUUUUGAAGUGUCUUCUGAAGAGCUUUUCCACGCCUUAUCAGUUCUUCAGUUAUUCCGGGAGCUCUGAUGCCAAGAGCGAGGCCAUGUAUGGACACAGGAAGAGCAACGUUCAGACCCACAAUGCACCUGGGCCACGGGGUAAAUCAGACCCGCAAAAUUCCCCGGCUCCAGAGUUGAUCUUCUGCCUCAUCCAGCACCAUGACCUCUCUGACCAGCUGCUCUUCCUCACGCUCGUCCUCAUCCUCAUUCCGAUCUUCAGCCAGGUACAGCUGCAGCAGCGUCACGUCCGUCCAAACAGCAGCUUCCUCUCCUCCUGCAGAUUCGCUCUUCAUGCCGUUCCUGGAUCAGAGAGCGACGGCGCUUUUCGGGGGUCACGAAGGCGACUCGGAGACGUUCGUGAGCAAGAGAGAGACGUUUGGUGGUUGCCAGGGAGACGUGACAUCCCACACAGGGGGUUACCGAGGUGACUGGAGCUGCGGAGACGCACACGUCAGUUCAGGAGCGAUCUGGGUGGACGAUCGUUAUUACACCUCGGCAGACGUCAGUCGAUUUGAGCCGCAUGACAUAGUGGUGAUGGCCUUCAACAGCAGCGUUGUUAUUCACGCUGAGAAGGUUGGAGAUGACGGCUGUGUCAUGGACAAAUUUACCCACAAGGCUUUGCUGCCGGAGGACAUGGACCCUCUGUCUGUUAGCGGGACCCUGACACCAGAGGGCGUACUCGUGAUCAGUGUGAAAAGCCUGUCUAGAUGCCCAUCACGCCCCUGACCCUGAGCUUCCGACUCACCUCUUAAUUAUUAACCUUUGGCAAACACACACACACACACACACACACACCAGAAUGCCAAGAAAGGUUAGAAUUAACAUGGUGUAUUGCUGUAGUAACACAACUAGCAUGAGCACUCUGAGAAUACAGACAGGUCCAAAAGUAUGUGGACAGUUAGAAAGUGUUUGUGUGUGUGUGUGUGUGUGUGUUUGUACUCCACCACCCACAGUGGGUGUAUAACGAAGCCGACUGAAGUGUCGACCCUCAGCACCGCGCUGUGGUGAUGUACAGAGGCACAAAUGUUACAAUUCCUCACCUUGUCCAAAUACUUAUGGACCUGACUGUACUAAAUUCUUUUGCAUUAAAGGUUAAAUACAUUAGUUUAGCAAAUAUUCCUUUAGCAUGGUAGCAUAAAUCUACUAGCGACUGUUAUUUAAAAAAAGUGCAGAUAAGCUGCAUGUAGCGUAUGAUUAGCAUUUGCCACAUUAGCAUUGCUACGUGUUUGCUAAUCCCUGACUGGAGUUAAAACGUAAUGUGAACACAAAUCUACAUGUUUUAUCUUUAACGUAAGUGAAUACAAUUUUAACAACACAAAAAAAGUGCCAACAUGUCUAAUGAUGAAUUUAAGCUAACAUCAUUAAGUUAGCCCAGUUAGCUCAUUUAGCAUGAUGCUAGUGGACAGAUGUUUGCUAACUCCUGACAGGCUCUAAAACGUAACAGAUUUAUUCCGUUGUGCUUAGCAAGUUAAAUCUUAUCUAAAAACAUGCUAAUGAUGCUAAUGAUGGAUUUUAGCUAGCUAAGAGUAAGUUAGCACAGUUAGCCUGAUGCAAAUAAAGUGUUAGUCAUUACA